AUGGCUGGCAUUCACGAAGCUGCUACCCUCGUCACUGCAGAUCCCUCCCAAGUGGAUACCCAAACUUUGGUGGUGAACGAUGAGUGCCAGGAGGGUGCUUCGCUUGCAAUAAGUGAACAGCCGCAGGCCAAUGGUGCUUCCCGUGCAGAACAGCCACAGGCCGAUGGUGCUUCCCGUGCAGAACAGCCACAGGCCGAUGGUGCUUCCGGUGCAGAACAGCCACAGGCCGAUGGUGCUUCCAAGGAACAGCCGCAGGCCGAUGGUGCUUCCGCAGAACAGCCGCAGGCCGAUGGCAGCUCCAGCGAGCAGCAGCAGGCCGCAACACCUAGGCAAGCAAGCUCCGAUGAUCAAGGUGUGCGAGAUGUGCAACAGGCCAUCGUGAACUUCGCCAGCCACCACAAGCUAGAUGCACAUGCUGUCACGAAGGAGCAGGUGAUCCAGUCUGCAGAGGGCAUUAUAUAUUGGUCUACGGCACAUGAGGAUGUUUCGGCAAGAUCCUCGCACGCUCAGUCCAUGAAGCGAGCUUUCAAGUGGCGGCCAGACAUGGCUGCUGCUUACAUGGUGCUCACCGAUGCCAUGAAGGUCGAAUUCCGUCGUGGUUGGGCAGCUACGAGGUCUUUCGAUUUCGUGACGACUCGUCGUACUACGACGACGAGCUUCCGCAAACGACGGGACGAAGUCGGCAAGUUUGACUACUGCACCCUGUACAACGACUGGCUGGAUACCCAGACCUACUUUUGGGUAGAGACCCUCGUCAGCUCCAGCAGCGAGCAGCAGUGGGCCAACAUCGUCACAGUUGAGGCUACGGACUCUGUGGCCGACAGCUUAGCAGAGAAAGUGGUUGUGUGCAAAGCCACCCGUGCCUAUGCUCAUGCGAUGAAGAAGCCCCUUGCAUCGGUGAAAGUGGAGGAGGUCGCUAAGAGCAGCUUGGGUAUCAAGGGCUAUGCCGAGCUUUAUGCGAACAUGCCCCAGGACAUCCACGCUAGCUUCCCCAAGAUGGAUGGCAGCAACAACCCGAGCUUCACCAAGACGGGAAAUGCUGCUGUUGCAGAUGGCAAAGCUAAGAGGGCCAGGAAGCAAGCCGGCGAUCAGCAGGGUGCCGGCAGCGAGCCUGGCCAGGACCACGCCCCCGAUCCUACUGAACCAAAUCCCAAAAAGAGCAAGAAGGACCAGACGGGCCCCAAGAAGGAGAAGGAGGUGAAAGAGUUCCUGGCUAUGGAGCAAAGCUCGGAUGUGGCAAUCGGCCGUGUGAUGGCUGAAAUGUCAAAAAACCCAGAUGGAUGGACUUGGGCUACGGACCUGAUCGCCACCUACAAAAAGUAUCGCACAGAGGUUCUCAAACUGUACUGUGAUGAGGGAUUCCAAUCCCUCAAGGUUGCAGCCCUCAGCAGCCGGGCGAGUGCCCAGCUGAAGAAGGAUCUCGGCGACAGCUACGUAGGCAAGCUGGUGGAGUUCAUCACUUUGGCCGGGCCGCAGAUUCAGAAGAUGGCCGAGGCUGCCUUUGCGAUUGAGAAGAUGGCAAGUGCUAAGCUUCAAGCCACUGAAAAUAUGAAGAGCUCUGCUGCUAAGCCGAAGGCUAAGGCAAAGGGCAAGAAUGGGUUGAGACGCUCUGCUUCGAGUAAGUCUUUGCCGUCUGUGUAG